CACUUCAAGAGCAUUAAGCACACUGCAAGUACUUCUGUUUGCUUCAAGAGCACUUCAGUCAGUUCAGAAUUCAGACACGUUCCGAGCCAGGGCAAGACAGGCACAGGAGCACAACAGCGAGUUGGGCAGGUAGAGCAAAGACUCAUAACCCCUUUUAUAAAAUUUAGAUUCUGUUCCAGAACUGUGCUAAGGAUACACAUUAACACGUGAAAAAAUAUGAAUGUACUUGUUUCUUGCAUUGGUAAGCCAGCUUGCACGUUGCCAAGAGUUUUGUCUACAAGAUGCAUAGCAUUUACUGCAAAGAGAAAAGAUGAUAAAAACAGUCUUGACAUUAAUUCGCUAGAAGAUGCUCCAGUCCUAUUGGAAACUGAUUCGGGGUUGAGCGAGGAACAAAUUAAACAGCAAAGAAACAAAUCUAGACUAAGAAAUGCACAUAGAAAUGUUCUUCAUAAUUUGCCACCUUCUUAUAACGAAUCACAUCGAUUCCAAGACACAGUAAGAUAUAAGCGAAGAAUGUUUGGCCGAUAUGGUAUAGAUGCUAGUGACGUUACUAUUGGAAUUGCCUGGCCAACAAAGAAUGAAGUUGAAGAAAUGAAAGAAUACGAGUCCAUUUGUUAUCCAGAAUCUAUCCAUCAGAUAUGGAAUAAGAUUGAGCAGAAAAACAUUGAAAAUGCAGAGGAUAUGCGAGCCAGAGAAGCAAAUAUAGUAAAGAAUAUGUUGAAAAUGGAUGCCUGGACUGCAGAAUUGAAUGCAAAAGUGGCUAAAAAGGAAGCAGAAGCCAGAGCUGCCAGAGAACGCAAGGAACGUUUGAUAGAAGAAGUGAGACGCACCUUAGGUUUCUUGGUUAGUCCAAAAGACGAAAGGUUCAAAUUAAUGUUGGCUCAGAAAGAUAAAGCUGAAGCUAAAUUGAAGAAAGCUGCCAAAAAAGAGGCAAGACAACAAAAACUCAUGGCUAUGAUUACAGCUGCAGCUGAUAAAAAAACUGAAACAAAUACAACCGAUAGCCCAGAUACCAAAAAUAAUAAUGAGCCAGUACAAUGAUUAAAAUGAUGAUUUUUGUUACUAUUUCGCAAUUAGGAAAACCCACAAUUAGUAUCCUUCUGUCAAAAAAUAUGGUAACUAUUUAUAAAUAAAUAUAGAACAUCUCCGAAA